AUGCAAAGAUGAGAUGUGCAAAAAUGUGCGAAAAUGAGACAAAGAAUGGUGCGAUUUGAACGUGAGAAAACCGGGAUUGAGUCCAGUUUAUUGUUCGGCUGUCUUCUUCAACUCCAAAUAAAAAUCAACAGGAAGUAGGACCUAAUCUUUCUCGCCCUUUGCAAUGGCUCAUUUGAAACCUUCUUUAUCUGGAAAAGCGAGACCACCCCCUUUGCCCAGUCAACUGAAGGGAUCUUCCAGUAAUCGAUUUAUGUCUGUAUCCGCAAUGGUCACACCCUCCAUAAAUAAAACGACGAGAACACCAAAGAAUCCUGCCUCCGUAAGCUUAUCUGUUCCAAGGUCCGUGCGAAGCAAUGCUAGUCCUAGCUUACAGCAAAACAGCAAUUCAUCCGGGAACGCAAAUUUCCAAACCCCCGGAGGAUCAGCAGGACCCCAGCAGAAGAAGCAGAUCACUGAAGAACAACUAUUACGCAGAGAAUAUACUCUUUACCUUCAGGCCGGCGUGAUGAACAUGUUGACCAAGAAGAUGGCUGAGAUGAACAAUAAGGUGGACUUGGAAAAAGUUGGCCAAGCCGGCUGUUCCAACGAAGUAGAAAAUGUUCUCAAUAUUCGAAAUUACUUAAUUCAACAAAACACCUGGCUUGAAAUGGUCGACUGUUUGAUGAAAACGAACAAAAUGACGGACAUCUUCUUAGAGCUGAAACAUCAAUUUAGUGAAGAUAAGACUCGAACAUUAAACGGGAUGCGAAUCUCGUUAGAAAAUCGCUUCAAUAAAAUUUGGCUCGGAUUAGAGGACACUCGUCAAGGCCAGACCAGGUUUCCUCCUUUCCCAUCGUCAUUCUCAUCAACAAAUAAUAAUCUUCCCAAACGAAUCAGAGCGAUAACGAAUGAAGAUUUGCAAAGUUUGGCGGAACGUGUCAAAGUUUACAUUUCCAAGGUGGAUGAAGACGACGAUGAGAAAAUCUGGAGGGAUAAGAAUCCACAAUUUAUCGUGAACUUUAUCGACGCUCUUACUCAACUUGUUCAAGAUCACGAUGUCAUAACGAGUAAUAACAAGGAGGGCGAUCAGGACGUCGAAACCAAUGUGGACGCCAUGUCGUCAAUGAUCUCGUCGCAAACCGUGGCAAAACAGAGGAACAAACAAAACAAGCCAAACAACCAAAAGUCUGCAUAUGAAGCUAAAUAUCUUCUGGAGGAUUGCUAAAAAAUGGGUGUCGUCCGCUAAUGUGUGAUUUAAUAAUGAUAAAAAAUGUAUUUUUAAAAGUGUCAGAAGUUCAAUUUAUGUAUGUAUGUAAUUUAUGAAAAAUCUUGUGAAAAUAGUUACGAAAAAGAAGAAGAAAAUACUUCUGAUUUUCAAGCAUUUUUUUGUACCUAAAUAUUUUUAUAAACAUUCCGUAAUUAACCAGUUGCCUCCCAAGCACAUGAAUGUCAUGUGGCGCACAAGCCGUCGCUAAGGGCCCAAGUACAUCAAAGUCAUGUGCUCCUUGAACGGUAACCAUGCGCCCAAAUACAUCAAUGUCGUGUACUCCGACUGCGGUAACCAUGCGCCCAAGAACAUCAAUGUCAUGUACUUCCAAAAACACAAUUUUCCGCCCGAGCACAUCAAAGUCGUGUAAUUCAAAAAAAAAAAUUCGGUAAAAAUUUCUAAAUAGCUGUAGUUUUUUUUGGAGCUUGUAUAUUACAAUUGUAUAGCUCUUCAGGCAUGUCUGGUAAGUAUUUAUCAUCGACAAGCAUAUAUAUAAAUAUACAUCCAAUUUUCUCACACUUGAUAAUACGACAGACAGUGAAGACGUCGAAUUUUCUCUCGGGCAGUUCUCAGAUUACGACUCCGAUGAGGAAUUCUUGCUACAAGAACAAAACGACGACGAUGACGAGAACAUGAUCAACUUUCCGGAAGAUGAAGAUGAAGAAGGCGCGGAUGUAGAUUCUGAGGACGAGUUGCGUGACCCCAAUGAACACCCCGCUACCAAUGUUAUCCGCUACCGGAAAAAUGUUCCAUUUUUACCUCAAGUUACUGAUUAUGAGGAACCGGAGGUGUUCCUAAAAUUGGAUUUUGGGAUUA